CCAUAGAAGAAAGUCAAGCAAACAAACUCUUUCAGAACUAUUUGAGAAGGGCUUAUAAUCUCAGAGAGCAAACCACAGAUCAAGGCCAACAGGAGGUCCGCUGAAUGACAAAAGAAAACCACUUCAAGUCUUUACACGGAGAGAAGCUUAUUCAGCUGCAGUUGAAGCCAUUUCAUCAUGUGUGCCACAGAGCAACAUCCUUCCCGCUGCCAAACUCUCCAAGCGGAGCGCCGAGAUGCCAACCCCACGGCAGGGCGCUUGGAGAACCCCUGGGCCACCCCUCUGCGUCCUCGCACUCGCCGCCGGGUCCUCUACCCGCCGCUGGUGCGCCGUCCCCUGCCCACGGAGCGUCCAGACCCGGCGCGCCGCUGGUUGCUGCUGCUGUCCGCACUGCUCUUCCUGCAGAUCUACACGGAGGAAGUGCCCUGCUGUGCCUGGGACCCCCUGCAGGCUGACGCCGCAGCCGUGAACCCCCAACAGCAGCAUCCCCUCCACCACCACCACCUGCAGGAGUGCGAGGCCCUGGCCCAGAGAGGGGACCUCCUGCCGUGGGGGCCCGCCGUGGGUGAGCUGGACACGGAGCCCUGCUGUGAGCUCAGCGGAAGCCUGCCCACCCAGGCUGAGCGCGCCGGAGCCUGA